AUGUCCACCUUAUUGUCAGUAAUUGGCUUCUCGCUUCUGAUCAUGGAAACCCUCAUUGGAAUGGGAGCAAAUGGGUUUAUUGUCCUUGUCAACACCAUUGACUGGCUGAGAAGCAGGAAACUCUUCAUGACUGAUCUGAUCCUGACCAGCCUCGGCUUGGCCAGACUUGUAUGGCUGGCAGUGGCGAUUCUGUAUGUGGCCAUGCAUUCCUUUUUUCUAGACACCUAUUUAUUGGAUCACGUACAUUUAAUGUUUACCAUCAUGUGGCUAUUUACAAACAAUGUCAACUUUUGGUUUGCUGCCUAUCUCGGCGUUUGGUACUUAACGAAAAUCGCCAUCUUCUCCCACCCAGUUUUCCUCCAGGUGAAGCGAAGUUUCUCUCUGCUGGUCCCAUGGCUGCUUCUGGGCUCAGUGGUCCUCUCUGCUUUUAUGACUAUUAUUAUCAUCACAGGUUUGAAAACUGGCUCUUCCAUUUACAACCCAUUCAAAUCACUUGUAAGCAACAGCAAUGAGUCAGAAAUAAGAAAGCCUCCCUUUAUUGAGAGCUUCAUCAUUCUAGCCAUUGUCCAAAAUGUCAUUCCCUUGGUAUUGUUUGUAUUCUCCAUCAUCUUCUUAAUAAUCUCUCUCUGGAAGCACAUGAGACAUUUGCAACGCGAUGGAGUCAGCACUAGCGAUCUCAACACCAAGGCUCACUUGACUGCCAUCAAAGCUCUGGUUUCCUUUGCGAUUCUGUACUUGUUCAGUUUUGCGGCGAUCGUUUCAGAGUCAACGCUGACCUGGGAAAUGAAGAAUCCUGCUCUGUCAUCUGUGUUUUUUAACAACGUGAGUGCUCUAUACCCCUCUGGACAUGCCAUUAUUUUGAUAUUACUUAAUCCCAAACUGAAACAGGCCUGGGUCAGGGUGAUGCACCAUUUAAAAUGCCAUCUGAGAGAGGCACCAUCUUUUUGA